GUGAGAUCUUCAGAACCAUCGAUGGUUUCAUGAGGCUACCUGCAAACGUCGCCUCCAAGAAGAUUGUCAAAACCAGUGGAGAACACUUGAGAUGACCUGCCCGAAGAACACGUUGCUCACUCGGCUUCGAAACUGGCUUGAAUCUUGGGUUUCGUACGGAUGGUCAUUUUGAGACUCAGAUUACGGCCGUGAUUAAAAGAUUUGCUCCUAAGACUCUGUGCAUUCAACAACUACUUAUCGUGGAUACAUACGAACGUACAUGACCCGAACUGGGGAUUCGGGUCGUCCUUCAUCAGCAUUUGUGAAAAAUCACUUCCCGGUUCAAACCAACCCAAUCGUCCUUUUGAUAUGUUUUCGUGCGCGAAAUUCAUCUUGUUCUGCUCCUUUCGCUUCAUAGAAUUGUUUGAGAGGUGGUCUGGUUCAUUCCAUUUGUCUCCCAAUUUCUGAACUGAUUCAUGCUUGACUAAACUUGGCAUGCAGAGGUCAUCACGUGUGAUAUGGGGGGGGAAUGUUGCGUCUACGGCAAGUCAUGGAUAAGAAUGUUCCCCCCCUGCCCCCUCGCCUCCUCUCUCCUUCCCCCUCUUUAAAAUGAGUUAAUUUCAAGGCCCUCUCCGGUAGUCUGAAAAAUGCAUGGUGAAUUCACGAAAUUGUUUUGAAAUCUCCUGGUUGAUAUUUUGCUUCCGUUGCUCGCCCUCGCCGCCGUCCUUUCCCUCGAAACCGAGAUGUCGGAUUGCGGUGCCGCCCGCCUUCUCGUCGUUUCCUCGCCACGCGCUUUUUGUGGUCCUCGGAAGUGUGUGUGAAACAAUUCAAAUUCGUUUUGUUUUGCACAUUCUUCCGGCCACGCUUUCACUUUCCGGUGCUUUCGGCGUCGUCCUGAUCAAAGAUGAAAGGCGAUAUUUGUCGCCGGUCAAGAGUAGUAUGAUGAUCAUGAUGAAGAUGAUGAUGAUCAUCAGGGGUAUAAAUACCGACUGGGACAGCAUCCUCGAAUCAAUAGUUGUUGACCGGGAUCCGAUCAAGUUGCCCAGUUGUUUGGAAGAGACGAAAUACACAAUGCAGUCUGUCAGUGAAAGGGUGUCUAUCCCUGAGGAGGAAGAGGACGGCCAUUUUGAGGCUCCCACCAAGAAAUUUGAGCAUGCGGAAGUGCUCCCAUGGAACAUCUUGGAGUCCCCUCCGCCGUUGGACGGGAAGAUCAAGAAGGAGUUCCUGCCCUUCGAAGGAUCGUGGUGUAUGAUUGCCAUGGAAAAUGUGGAAACUUAUUUGCGGGCAAUCGGAGUCACUCCUUUAAUGGCACAGAUGGUGGUUCGAUCUGAAUACUUGAUCACAGUCUACGAGGAUAUUGAUCAUGCGUGGAAGGUCCUCACUGAAACUAGCAUCAAGGCUAAAAAUGUCAAAGGAUUUAAAUGCCGAAACUACAAAAUGACCUCCAAUAAAUUCCACCCAGAGCAACCCAAACCCGAGCUACUCGACGAUUGGGACCCAAGAUUAGUGGUCACUACCGUCACCCUUGAGGAUCACGAUACUUACGACAAGGUUCUGGUGAUGGACCAGAUUGCGGAGCAAGACCAAAGACACAACAAUUCUUCCACGCUAUUUUUUGAAGCCCAAGGCGAUAACAUGAUCAUUCGAUUAGAGACUGAAAACGGAGUCAAGGCCAAAAGGUUUAUGGUGAGACAUAAGCCUCAAGACAAGAACGCGAACAACAACAUUCGCAAAGUUUCGGCGCCGUUCUAGCGGGCGUCAAAGUACGCUCGCAUUGGCUUGCCAUCCAAAGGAACAUUUAUGUUUGGAACAUCGAGGAACCAGAAGAGAUUGUACGAAAGAAUUAUCAUUAUUAUCAUUAUCAUCAUCACCACUACUAUUAUCACAUAAUUAUUACUAUCAAGAUGACGAUUAGUUUUCAUUUUGUCAUUAUUAUCAUUAUUACUAGGCCAUCCCAGCACGCCUCAUUUUUUUGAGAUAUUCUGUUGUUCACAAACGUGCGAAUGAUCAUAAGUCAGCACUUAUGCCCAUGUACAACCACUUUGCAAAUAUGACGUAAUACAUUCUUAACCAGGA